AUGAUAAUUAGCAUUUUCCCCUUCCACUAUCGUUGCCUGUUGUUUUCCACCAAUCACAGGUCCUCCCGCUCAGUAUCAGAGCUCCUAGUGGCUGAUUCUCUCCUGCUGCUUGUCACUUCCCUCUUCCACCUGCCUCCCUUCAUUGCUCAACUGCACGCCAAGGCAUCAAUAUCAAUGGCCCCUUUAGAAGACAUCCUGCCCUCCAUAGCAUCACUACUACUCAUAGUCACUGCACCACCCUGCUCCUCUCAUAACCCCCCCGCCCUUCUUUACAAGCCACCAGUGUUGCAGCAACUGGUGGUUUUUGUCUGCUACCUGUGCGGGGUGGCAUCGUUUGUCUUUUCUCUGUACCUCGUUCCGGCUUUUUGCCUCAAUGCGGUCGCUGCAGUUGCUGUUUCGAGAUUCGUUAUGUACCUUUCCCGUUUGUAA